AUGAGUACAUCUGAGAGGCCACAGACAAACAGUGAAGAGAAAGACAAAGAGGCUAUGGGUGAAGUUACUCAGGUUCCUAUUGAUGGAAAAGGCCCAUUGACUCUUGAGGAAUCCACUCUGAAGCAGGACCCUGCUCUGGAUGUCCUGACCUCCACAGAUGAAGUGCCAUCAAAUGUGCUAGAAGCAGCUGUGUCUGUGACAGAAGACCAGGAAGAGCUGCAGGAAACAGACAGAGGAGAUGAAACGCUGGAGGUUGUAGUCAAAGAGCAGGAGGGCAACAACGCUCCAGACAAUGAACAAACCUCUGGAGAACUGACAUUUGAGAUUGGACGAGACAAACCAACACCAGUGCAGAAGAAAGUGUCGGCAACUGAAACAGAUGCAUUGAAGAUUCCAGAGAGUUCCUCGACGUCGGCCGGAGCAGACGGAACACAGCUGCAAGGACUGGGAACCCCUCAGGAGACUAUCGCUGCAAACGAAGAAGAGCCAGAGUCUGUCAUGACGAACAUCUUCUCAGAAAUACAGCUGCUCAUGGAGUCUGGGCCCAGCUGCCAACUCAUCCAGGUGAAACCAGUGGAGCCGACACCAGAAGCUCAGUUCCUCAGCUCAGCUCCAGACCAGGACCAUGUGGACCAGCUCCUGGUCCGGGUCCUGGUCUGUAAGAACCAACCGGUCCCAACGAGCCCGAGGGCCGCGGAGGGGCAACUGCAGGAGGUCCAGGAGGUGCGGGAGGCCUCCAUGGUUCUCCUCUCGCUCCUGUGUGACCUUAGACGUGAGGACCAGGUGAGCUCUCAGGCCUCAGAGCUGGUGGAGGACCAGGUGAGGAGCUGGGUCCAGGACUUGGACUCUUUGGUCCUGAAGAAACAGUCUGAGCUGCAGCUGGUCUCGGACUACACACACCAGCAGCAGCAGGCCCAGACCGGUCUGGAGGAGACCAGACAGGACCAGGCCUCACUGUCUGCUGGUCACAACUGCUCUGAGGAGGUGCAGCGUCUGAGGUCGUUACAAAGAACGUUGGAGAAACGCCGCAGCGUUCUGCUGCAACUGAAGGUUCUCCACAAAAAGCUCCUCCUGGUCCUCAGCAGGUCUGACCAGGCCUCUGCCCGGGACCAGCUGAGGAACCUGCAGGACCAGUGGAGACGAGUGGAGAGAGAGGUCCAAGGUUCGCUCUACCACAAAAACGCCAUCUCCUACAAGACGGAGUGUCUGAAGGCGGAGGUGGACCUCCUGACCUCACAGCUGCAGGAUAUCUCCAACGAGCUGCAGAUGAUCAGCACCAGAGGCUGGACCAGCAACGAAGCACAGAAGCUGAUGGUUCUGAACGCUGAGCUCAGCGCAGCCUGUCACAAAUACUCCUGUCUGAAAGACCUCGCUGAGGAGGUCAGCGCUCACUCCCAGUGGGAAAAGGAUCGGGAGGAGAUUCGAGAUGGUCUCCAGAGAGUGGAGAGGGAACUCAGCCAGUGCCAGGAGGACAUAGGUUCUAAAAGUCAGAGCAGCAGUAACCCCAUCAUGGAGAAGAUCCUGGAGGUCAUGAGGAACGCGUUUGCUUGGGCCAGGAAAACAGAGACGGACAUCGAAGGAAGAAGGAGAAGGGUGUGUCUGCUCCCGGAACAGGUCCACCGCCAACUCAGAGACCUCAAGAAGCUGCAGUUUGAGGUAACGAACAAACAAGGCCAGCUGGAGGCGCUAGAGGAGGAGGUGCACGAGCUGUUACCGCAGCUGCACGAGGAGGACGAGGCCCCCAUGAUCAAUGCAUCUUUGAAAUCUCUGGAAGAAUUGUCCAAGUUGACCAUGGAGAAGUUAGUCCAGACCAUCAGAGAGACCGAGUCAGGGCUGCAGACCAGAGAGAGGUUAUCCCAACAACUGUCAGAUCUAGAGACUUGGAUUCUGACCUAUUUCAGCAAAGAUCCUUUCUGCAGCUCUGACUUACAGAUGAGUUCACAGGAUCUGGAACUUCAGGCCAGAAGAACGCUAGAAUCACAAGAAGAAGCCGAGAAGCAGGCUGCCAUCUGCGAAGCGCUUUUGGUGACGUCCAAAGAAAUAGCAUCUGAACUUAGCGUGGCAGAGAACUGUCAUCUCUUCGACAGACUCCUGCACCUCCAGGACUGCAUCCAAGACAUCACUGAGGAGGAGCAGUCCAACAAGGAGGAGAUACAGGAGAGCAUCCGGAUGGUAGAGUCCAGCAGGCAGAAGCUGGUCCCCAUCGAAAAGAGUUUGAGACACAUGCUUGUGGAUCUGAGCCGUCCCAAGUUCCCCGUCACCAGGAAGUCCCUCCUGGCGCUACGGCCUCUGCGGAACACGCUGGCCGAGCACAAGUCGCAGGUGGAACGAUUGGAGCGAUGGUCGACGCAAGAAAAGACCAAAGAACUUCAAAGUUUAAUCACAAAUCUGGAAACCAAGAUGUCUGCCCUGGAACCCAAGGCCACAGACCACGAGCUGUACCUGGACCUCCGGAGGUUCUUGGAGGAGCUGAAGGAGGCCAUGAAAGACCAAGUGCGCAGAGCUAAAGACGGGAGCGAUGACAUCCACAAAUACAAGAGGUGCCAGAGUUUGCUGGUGCAAUUCCCCACCAUCAACGUGCUUUGCCAAGAGGUCAAAUCCAAACUGCAAGAGAUUUCCGCAGACCUGUACCCGUCGCAGCUGAGCUCGGAACAGCAGAGGCAGAAGCAGGCGGAGGAGGCUCUGGCUGCGAUGGAGACCUCUCUGGACAACACUCUGACCAUCAUCGAAGGCACUUUGCUCAAACACCUGGACCUGCAAACAGAAACCAGAUCGUCCAGAGCCUUCCUGAACACCACCCUGAAGGCUCUGGACCAGGUGGAGUUGCAGGAGCUGAGUAAACCAGCGGUGGAUGGAGAAUACCAGCGACUGUUGACUCUGAGGAGGACCAUCAAGCUGAGGCUCAGAGCCUGGGACGUGCUGCGACGGAAGGGAAACAAGUGGGAACCAGCAACCGCCGACAUCAACCAGCUGAAGACCAGGGUCCUGCAAGAGUGUGACACCCAGCUGGAACACCUCAGUGAGGUCCGUGACUCCUUCAGAUCCUUCUCCUCCACACUGCGCAGACUCGUUCUGGUCUUGGUCCUUGUGGAUCUGAGACUGAGACGAGGGGUGGGGCCUCGGGGCCUCUGCUCUGAGCGCUGGCAGCAAAUCCAAAGCUCUCUAGACUCUCUGGACCAGGACUUCCAGAGGCUCCAGGACCAGCUGAGCUCCUGCUUCAGAGCAAACCGCCUCCUGCCUGUGUCUGUGGUGCAGCAGCACCUGGAGGAAACCCUGAGUCAGCUGCUGCUGAUGAAGACCACGGUGAAGGCCCGAGCCCGGCUGCAGCUGGAGGCUCUCAGCAGUUGUGUGGAGGAGCAGCGUCUUUACUGCAAGCUCCGAGACGAUGUCACUCAGAGACUGGAGAAAGCAGAGGAGAGUGUGAACGAGCUCAUGUCCCGGAGAGUCUCAUCUCUGCAUGACUGUGAGCAGCAGCAGCAGCAGCUCCAGACUCUGUCCUCAGAGCUAGAGUCCCUGCUGAGGUCCUGUUGUCCAGAGAGCAGCUGCAGAGGCCACAGAGAGGCCACAGUGGUGCGUGUGUUCUCACGUCUGUCCAGCGUGUGGCGCCACUGUCACAUCCUGAGACACAGAAGCAACAAGAGAAUCAGAGACUGGGCCCAAGUCACUGUCUGUGUGGAGGAGGCAGAGACCACUCUCUCUUUGCUGGAGCAGGACCUCCCAUCGCUCCUCCCCCUCCACUCCCCCAUAGAGCAGCCCCUCCUCCCCCUCCUCUCCCCCACAGAGGAGCUGGCAGAGCUGGUGCAGACCUGGGAUCAGUUCCAGGACCGUGUGGACUGUGAGCAGCGCUCGGUGUUAGCUCUAGAGCUGCGUGUGGCUCGUCUGGUGGGAGUCUCCGCCCACAUGGACCAAGCCCCGCCCACUGCCCUGUGCCAGCGACUGCAGGGGCUGCAUCAGCAGUACCAGAGGGUCAGUGAGAGCAGUUCUCUGGGACUGUCGUCUUGUCGCUCUGAGUUGGAGCAAAGAGAAACGACUCGAGGAGAACUGCAGCGACUGAGACUGAGGCUGGAGGAGACAGACCACCUGCUGUCCCAGAGACACCCCCGGGACAUACAGGUGAGACAGGGACCAGGUGAGACAGACUACCUGCUGUCCCAGAGACACCCCUGGGACAUACAGGUGAGACAGGGACCAGGUGAGACAGACCACCUGCUGUCCCAGAGACACCCCUGGGACAUACAGGUGAGACAGGGACCAGGUGAGACAGACCACCUGCUGUCCCAGAGACACCCCCGGGACAUACAGGUGAGACAGGGACCAGGUGAGACAGACCACCACCUGUCCCAGAGACACCCCCGGGACAUACAGGUGAGACAGGGAUCAGGUGAGACAGACCACCUGCUGUCCCAGAGACACCCCCGGGACAUACAGGUGAGACAGGGACCAGGUGAGACAGACCACCUGCUGUCCCAGAGACACCCCUGGGACAUACAGGUGAGACAGGGACCAGGUGAGACAGACCACCUGCUGUCCCAGAGAUACCCCCGGGACAUACAGGUGAGACAGGGACUAGGUGAUACAGACCACCUGCUGUCCCAGAGACACCCCCGGGACAUACAGGUGAGACAGGGACCAGGUGAGACAGACCACCUGCUGUCCCAGAGACACCCCCGGGACAUACAGGUGAGACAGGGACUAGGUGAUACAGACCACCACCUGUCCCAGAGACACCCCCGGGACAUACAAGUGAGACAGGGACCAGGUGAGACAGACCACCACCUGUCCCAGAGACACCCCCGGGACAUACAGGUGAGACAGGGACCAGGUGAGACAGACCACCUGCUGUCCCAGAGACACCCCCGGGACAUACAGGUGAGACAGGGACCAGGUGAGACAGACCACCUGCUGUCCCAGAGACACCCCCGGGACAUACAGGUGAGACAGGGACCAGGUGAGACAGACCACCACCUGUCCCAGAGACACCCCCGGGACAUACAGGUGAGACAGGGACCAGGUGAGACAGACCACCUGCUGUCCCAGAGACACCCCCGGGACAUACAGAGACACCCCCGGGACAUACAGGUGAGACAGGGACCAGGUGAGACAGACCACCACCUGUCCCAGAGACACCCCCGGGACAUACAGGUGAGACAGGGACCAGGUGAGACAGACCACUUGCUGUCCCAGAGACACCCCCGGGACAUACAGGUGAGACAGGGACCAGGUGAGACAGACCACCUGCUGUCCCAGAGACACCCCCGGGACAUACAGGUGAGACAGGGACCAGGUGAGACAGACCACCUGCUGUCCCAGAGACACCCCCGGGACAUACAGGUGAGACAGGGACCAGGUGAUACAGACCACCACCUGUCCCAGAGACACCCCCGGGACAUACAGGUGAGACAGGGACCAGGUGAGACAGACCACCACCUGUCCCAGAAACACCCCCGGGACAUACAGGUGAGACAGGGACCAGGUGAGACAGACCACCUGCUGUCCCAGAGACACCCCCGGGACAUACAGGUGAGACAGGGACCAGGUGAGACAGACCACCUGCUGUCCCAGAGACACCCCCGGGACAUACAGAUGGUUCUGCUGCAGUUCCUUGCACACAAGUCUGAACUGUACAAGAUCUCAACCUCCAUCUGCAACAAGUACCAGACCAGACCAGAGACCGGACCAGAGACCAGACCUGAGAUCAGGCCUGAGACCGAACCAGAGACCGGACCACAGAUCAGACCAGGGUUCGGACCAGAGUCAUUGAUCCCAGGAGAGAUCCUCACACUGCUGCAGGAGACCAGAGCCAUCAUGGACCAGGUGGAACCCAAGGUGCAGGAUGCGGUGGAGAAGAGUGGUUCGGUCUACAGACUCGGGAUGAAGCUGUCUGAGAUCCAGUCCGGACUAAACUCUGUCCAGAAGAGACUGGACCAAAGGAGUCCCACUGUGGCUGAGGCCAAAGUCACACAGAAGCGUGUUUGGGAUGAGUUGGACGUGUGGCACUCGUGUCUUGCUGCUCUGGAGGUGGAGGUGCAGGACCUGGAGCGACCAGAGGAGGCGCUGCUGCUCACAGAGAGACUGGUGGAGGUUCAACACAUACACACACAACUGGCCAAGAGAGCGGAGCAGAGAACCACACUGAUCAGCAAGAUCCACUCGUGGCAGCAGGAGCACCAGGAGAUGAUCUUGAGUUCACAGAGUUGGAUCAACGAGGCCAAAACAUGGCUCGCAGCUCCAGCAACUUACACCAGCGCCAAGUGUCUGACCAGCCACGUGCACGCCCUUCAGGUGGUGCUGGGAGACUCAGAGCAGAUCCGGUCCACGCUCCGGUCCUUCUCUCUGAUUCUGGACGACAUGUCUGAAGUGUGUGACAUCACAGCUCUGCAGAACCAGCUCCAGGACCAGGACCGAGACGUGGCCCGAGUCCAGGACAGCUUCACAGAACCACUGUCCAGGCUCCGACAGGCCGCUGCUGAGGCAGAGUCCAUAGAAGCUGAAGUGAGGCAGAUGGAGAAAGACGUGUCUGAGAUCAAAGAGCUGUUGGUUUCUCCAGAAAACACCCCAGGAUCCAGGCUCCAGAGACUGAAGUUGGUGGAGGAGAAGAUCUCUCAGAUGCAGAGAACCAUCUCUGAGGUCCAGAGCCGGAGACUGGUCCAGGAUCUGCCUCAGACUCUGUGUGUGUUCACCGUGAUAGACCAUCUACACACACUGAUCCAGGAGCUGCACAAGAAUGUUCCGGUUCUCUUCGUUCCGCAGCAGAACUCUCCGAGACAGUCUCCGUUUCUGCCACGACAGACCGCAGAGGCUCCGCCCCCAGCCUCCUCCUCGCCCUAUCACACGCCACGACAAUCACCAUUUAUGCCACAAUUCAAGAAUGCUGAAGAGGGGGAGGGGCAGGUUUCUCGUCUGAAAGAGGACGUCCUGAAGAGUCCUGGGGCUGAACUGCAGACAGUGAAAACAUGUGACAUCACUCAGUCUACUGGAGCCUCGCCCUCAGACGGGGCAUCAGGGGUAAUGUGGUGGCUGUGGGACCGCUUCGUGGCCGACACGGCUCAGGUAAAGGGACCCUGGUGA